GGAAGCACCCCGUCCGUUGAGUCUGUCGGCUCUCGCUCGCCUAUCUGCGUUCAUCACUUGUAAAAAGACAAAAACGUCAUCUAUCCAAUCUCUCUUGCUUUCCGUCAGUUGUUGUCUUCAUGAAUGAUCUUCAGUGGUACCUUAGUCAUUUUAUAUAAAAAUCUAUUGAGGUUUGGUUGUCUACGGGGAGCCCUCAUUUAACACCUCUCCGUCUCUCUGUGGAAUCGUGGAUUGAUCAGCAGGGCCAUCUCGCUGGAAGAGGGAAUGGAGAGUUUGCGGAUGCUCGAUUGAAGGAGCAGUAGAAUUUGGUGCCUACUGCCUAUACACUUCCUUUGUGGGUUUCAGGUUACAUUUUGUUGUUAGAUGCAAUGGACUGUGGUAUGGAUGUCGCGUAUGGAAUGGGUGAGGACGAAGAAAUGGAGGACAAUUCCAGUGGAAGUGAUCAUCAGAUUGGUGGGGAUGACUAUCAAGGAGGGAAUUCGGGUGGAAGGGACCCUCGUGGGAACUGGGACGACGAGACGGAGGUGAACUCUGGUGGAGGGGACUUAAGCACAUCUGAGGGGUCUGCAAUUCUUGAGCCAUACGAGGGUAUGGAGUUUGAUUCAGAGGAGGCAGCGAAGAAGUUCUAUAAUGCAUAUGCUAGGCGUAUGGGCUUUAGCGUUCGUAUUGGCUCCACCAGUCGGUCCGUUCAGGACAGGUCGAUAAUUGGUCGUUAUUUUGUUUGCUCCAAGGAGGGGUUUCGGCAAAAAAAAGCUGGGGAUGAUGAAGACAAGGUCUUGAAGCGGAAACGUCUGAUUACUAGGGAGGGUUGUAAGGCAAAGUUGGCAGUGAGAAAGAAUAGUAUUGGAAAGUGGAUUGUUAGGAUAUUCAUAAAGGAACACAACCACGCGAUGAUGACUCCAAGCACAGUUCAGUACCUUCGUUCGCAUAAGAGAUUGUCAAGUGCUGCACAAAGCUUGAAUGAUACCCAAAUGGCUGUUGGUGUUCGAGCCAACCUUAUGAUGUCCUUUUUAAGACUGGAAGCGGGUCGGAGUAGCAACGUUGGGUUCAUUGAACGAGAUUGCAAGAAUUACGUUACUACUGUCAGACAAAGGACAUUGGGCAAGGGCGAUGCACAAGCCGUGCUUGACUAUUUCAAGAGAAUGCAGGCCAGGAAUCCGACAUUCUUUUAUGCUAUUCAAGUUGAUGAGGAAGAGCAUAUGACUAAUUUCUUUUGGGUUGAUGGUAGGUCAAGGAUGGCCUAUGAUCACUUUGGUGAUGUCGUUACAUUUGAUACAACGUACAAGACAAACAAAUAUAAGAUGCCAUUUGCUCCGUUUGCAGGGCUUAACCACCACAGGCAGACCGUAUUAUUUGGUUGUGCGUUGCUUUUAGAUGAGAGUGAAUCAUCUUUUGUUUGGCUGUUCACCACAUGGCUUGAGGCAAUGUGUGGACGUCACCCUACUGCAAUCAUAACAAAUCAAGAUCCAGCCAUUGAAGCGGCUCUAGCACGUGUAUUCCCUAACUCUCGUCAUCGCUUGUGCAUGUGGCACAUUUUGAGGAAAGUCCCAGAGAAAUUGUCUCAUGUUUAUCAUGCACAUAAGAGCUUUAAGGAUGAAUUUUAUAGGUGCAUCCACAACACUGAAACAAUUGAUGAGUUUGAGGAGUCUUGGGGAUUUCUUGUUGAUAGGUACGACUUAAGGGAGCAUGAGUGGAUUCAGUCUCUUUAUGAUAUUCGUCAUCGAUGGGUACCUGUUUACUUUAGGAAUACCUUUUUUGCAGACAUGAAUACAACACAAAGAAUUAUUUUGUUUUUUCAUGGCUUCCUAAAUUCAAAUACAAGUUUGCAAGAGUUUGUUAUGCAGUAUGCCAAGGCAGUUGAGAGUCGAUAUGAAAAGGAAAUGCACUCAGACUUUGAAACAAAUUAUAUGCAACCAAUCCUUAAGACUCAGUGCCCUAUGGAGGAAGAAGCAGCAAGGAUAUAUACGAGAACCAUGUUCCUAAAAUUUCAAGAGGAAUUGGUUGAAAGUCUUGCUUACAUCGUUGAGGAGAAAGAGACUGAUGGCGUGAGAAUUGCAUUCAGAGUCACAAGAUAUGAUCAAGAGAAGAGAGAGCACAUAGUUAGGUUAGAUGCGGCUAAACAAAGGGCUACUUGCACCUGCCAAAUGUUUGAAUCUUCUGGUAUUCUGUGUAAACAUGUAUUGAUUGUUUUUAGGAUGAAUAAUAUUUUGACACUUCCACCCCAUUAUAUACUGAAGCGGUUCACAAAGAAUGCCAAGAGUGAUGUUGUGGUGGAUGGAAGUGGAAUUGAAAUUCAGCGUGAUAAUAAAGAGUUUCUUGCUCAGAGAUAUACAGAUCUUUGUCAAAGAGCAAUCAAGCUUGUUGAAGAUGGGAUGGCAUCUGUGGAAUCCUAUCGCAUGGCAAUACUUGCUUUGGAUAAAGCGUUUGAAGACAUUGGUGGAGGGAAUAAAGCCCCUGUUGCUGUAACUGAUCCACCUGAAACCUCUCAAACUGAAAAAGGAAGUGAAGCCAGCAAGCCAAUUUAUCAAACACCAGCAAAUGACAGUCAGCCUAAGGCAGGGAGCUUUCAAAAGAUGCGAAAGUCUCCAGUAAAUGCUCCCAGUGUCGUUGGAUUUCUUCAACCAGUUGGCAACGGGAUAAAUGGCAGGCACUGGCAUGGUUCAUUAGGCAGUGAAGGACCAAGAUUGUCAAUUGGAAUUCCAACAAUAGGCGUUUCUCAAGUUUCUCGCUAGAAGGAAAUCAUGAACGAGAUUCGUCUGUCAUUUUCCUGGAGUUCGGAUCAGCUCAGGUGAUGACGUUGCUGAGGUGUUACUCUUCGAAACAGAAGAAUGAGGAGAUUCCUGGCCAAGAAUUGCUCACAAGCAAAUUAACCAAGGAGACACAUCUACUCCAUCGAAAUUUGACAUCUAAGAUUGGUCUCGUUGAACUUUUUUUUUUUUUUGUACAUACCCCAGUGUUGUGUAAGGGCAUCUGGCUUGUGAAUAUGGUCCCUUGUAUCAAUAAUUGUAUAUCUUCUUAUAGUUUUCAUCUCUACUAUUGGAAUGAAGAAAAAAGGAAAUAGAAAGUGAUUGCUUUGAAA